AUGAAGGAACUUUUCAAAGAGAAAUCCAAUAAGUGCCAAUUUCCUUGCGAGCAAUGCAAGAGUGAUAAUAACGCCAAAGAAUGCGGCACCCUCCCUCGUUACCCAAUGUGUGAGCAUUAUGAGGAGUUCGAGAUUCCGGAAGAUCUAAAGCCUGAGGCUGAUGAUCUGAGAGUUUUUCAGAGGAUUCUGAUAAUUCGGAAAUAG